GGGAAAAUAUUCACUUCCAUGGAGCCUGAACAUGAUAUUAACGAUGUCUGUAUAUAUCCUAAUUCGGGAAUGCUGUUCACAGCCAACGAAGCGCCCAAAAUGAAUAUCUACUACAUUCCAGUGUUAGGUCCCGCUCCAAAAUGGUGCUCAUUCCUUGAUAGUCUAACAGAAGAAUUGGAGGAGAACCCAGAGACAACAGUAUAUGAUGAUUACAAAUUUGUCACAAGAAAAGACCUUGAAAAUUUAGGGCUUACACAUCUCAUUGGAUCCCAGUUACUCCGUGCAUACAUGCAUGGCUUUUUCAUGGACAUAAGACUGUAUCACAAGGUUAAAAUGAUGGUGAAUCCAUUUGCCUAUGAGGAGUACAGGAAAGAGAAAAUUAGGCAGAAGAUAGAAGAAACCCGUGUACAAAGAGUGCAACUAAAGAAACUUCCCAAGGUUAAUAAAGAGCUGGCAUUGAAACUUAUUGAGGAAGGAGAAGAAAAUCUGCAAAAUGAGAGGAAAAGAAAGCAAAAGAAAACACCAAACAUUCUUACUGAUGAUCGCUUCAAAGUCAUGUUUGAGAACCCAGAUUUCCAGGUGGACGAGAGGAGUGAAGAGUUCCGGCUGCUCAAUCCUCUGGUUUCUAAAAUAAGUGAGAAGAGAAAGAAGAAGCUGAAGAUGCUAGAGGAGCAAGAAGCCUUAAGAGAGGAAGAAGAGGAAGAACAAGAAGGAAAACCAAGUGAUGCAGAAAGUUCUGAGACUUCAGAUGAUGAAAAAGGCUGGGUUGAAGAGGUCAGGAAACAGCGCAGACUUCUCCGCCAAGAGGAAAAAGUAAAAAGGCAGGAAAGGUUGAAGGAGGAUCGGCAAACUGUCUUGAAGCCUCAGUUUUUUGAGAUUAAAGCUGGAGAAGAAUUCAGAAGUUUCAAGGACACGGCUCAAAGGCAAAAGUUAAUGAAAAAAACUCUUGGUGAUCGCUUGCAGCUUGAAGAGAAGGUCGGUGCACUGAGUGUACAUGAUACCAUUGUAGGAAGCAAACAGGUUACCUUUAAAUUAAAAAAGUCAGAGCAACAGCAGAAACAGCAGGAAGCAGAGAAGCAUCAUCAUCAGGAAAGGAGAAAACUGAGACGUUCAGCAAGUCAUCUCAAAAGUCAACAAAGAGGAGGACGGCCCUUCCACUGACUGAACCAUUCUGCUUUUUUACUUGUGGAGUUUCAAGAGACUGAUUCCUUUUUGCCUAAAUAGUGUAUACAGGAAAAGUAACAUCUUGUCAAGUCCUUUUUUAACUGAGGUGGGCUAUAUAGGUGUGGGCAAAAAACCACACAUGGGAAGCAAAGGUGUUUGCUGAGGAGCAGUGAGUGAUUAUCACAUAACCUUGUUUGGUGCAGUGGUUAAGUGCACCGACUCUAAUCUGGGAGAACUGGGGUUGAUUCCAC